AUGUCCGCGCAGGGCUGCGGGGCUGCAGAGGGGAGGGAGCUGCUGAGCCGGCUGCUGCCCCCUCAGGCUCCUGGGGCCAGGAGGUGGAGCUGGGCGCUGUGCCUGAAGCCCGGCUCCCGCAUCCCCCUGCCCCCCGCGGCCGCUUGGGGAGGCUGCCGGCCGCGGUGCAGGGUGCGGGGCGCUGCGGAGAGCUUCUCCCCGCAGGCCUUGGGGGAGCUGAUCCUUCCCGUCCGGGCCCUGUGUCUCCUAUCGGGGCACCCGGUGCGCUUGGGGCUGCUGUGUGAGCGGUGCGCGAGGGGGGAAGGGGCGGGGGGCAGCAGGCAGGGGAGGGGUGCUAGCGUUUUGGUCAACUGGAGUCUGGGCCUGAGCUCCCCCAGGCAGCAGGUGGAGCUGGAGAAGCUCCUCCGGGGGGCGAAGGGGGCCCCAGGCCGAGGGGGCAGCCGGAGGAAGCGCAAUGUCAACACCAGUCCCCAGUUCCAGCCGCCCACUUACCAGGUGUCUGUGCCAGAGAACAGGCCAGCCGGCACCCCAGUGAUCUUGCUGCAGGCCAUGGACCCCGACGAGGGCGACGCGGGCCGUCUGCAGUACUCCAUGGCCGCGCUCUUCGACAGCCGCUCCAACAGUUUCUUCACUAUGGACCCCCAGAGCGGGGCCGUGAGCACGGCCGAGGAGCUGGACCGCGAGACCAAGAGCACCCACGUCUUCCGGGUGACGGCCGUGGAUCAUGGCACCCCCCGGCGCACAGCCCUGGCCACACUCACCAUCCUGGUGAGCGACACCAAUGACCACGACCCUGCCUUCGAGCAGCAGGAGUACAAGGAGAGUGUGCGGGAGAACCUGGAGAUUGGGUACGAGGUGCUGACAGUCAGGGCCACCGAUGGGGAUGCCAGUGUCAACGCCAACAUCCUCUACCAACUCCUUAAUGGCGAUGGGGCUCACGAAGCCUUUGAGAUCGACCCCCGCUCUGGGGUCAUCCGCACCAAGGGGCUGGUGGACAGGGAGACCGUGGAGUCCUACCAGCUCCUGGUGGAGGCCAGUGACCAGGGCAGGGCCCCAGGGCCCCGCAGCACCACAGCCACCAUCCACAUUGCUGUGGAGGACGACAAUGACAAUGCGCCGCAGUUCAGUGAAAAGCGCUAUGUAGCCCAGGUGCCUGAGGACGUGGCUGCCAACUCCCAUGUGCUGCGAGUGACGGCCACAGACCGGGACAAAGGUAGCAAUGCCCUGGUGCACUACAGCAUCAUGAGCGGGAACACCCGGGGCCAGUUCUACAUUGAUGCCCAGACGGGCAGCAUCGACGUGGUCAGCCAGCUGGACUACGAGCUGAGCAAGGAGUACACGCUCCGCAUCAGGGCCCAGGAUGCGGGGCGGCCCCCUCUAUCCAACAUCAGCGGGCUGGUGACCAUCCAGGUCUUGGACGUCAACGACAACGCUCCCAUCUUUGUCAGCACCCCCUUCCAGUCCACAGUGCUGGAGAAUGUGCCCCUCGGCUACUCGGUCCUGCACAUCCAGGCCAUCGAUGCGGACUCCGGGGACAAUGCCCGGCUGCAGUAUGCCCUGCUGGAGGCCGGCCCCAGGUUUCCCUUUGCCAUCAGCAACAGCACGGGUUGGAUCGUGGUGGCCUCAGAGCUGGACCGGGAGAUGGUGGAUUUCUACAGCUUUGGGGUGGAGGCCCGGGAUCACGGCAGCCCCCCCAUGGCUUCCUUGGCCAGUGUCAGCAUCACCGUGCUGGACGUGAAUGACAACAACCCUGAGUUCACCGCGAAGGAGUACUCUGUGCGGCUGAACGAGGACGCUGCUGUGGGCACCAGUGUCCUGACCGUCUCGGCCAUCGACCGGGAUGCCAACAGCGUCAUCACCUACCAGAUAGCCAACGGCAACACCCGCAACCGCUUCUCCAUCACCAGCCAGAGUGGGGGCGGCCUCAUCACCCUGGCGCUACCGCUGGAUUACAAGUUGGAGCGGCAGUACCUGCUGACUAUCACUGCUUCUGACGGCACCCGGCUCGACACGGCCCAGGUCUUUGUCAAUGUGACUGACGCCAACACCCACCGGCCAGUCUUCCAGAGCUCCCACUACACUGUCAACAUCAAUGAGGACCGGCCGGUUGGCACCACAGUGGUGCUCAUUAGUGCAACGGACGAGGACACGGGUGAGAACGCCCGUAUUACCUACUUUAUGGAGGACAGUAUCCCCCAGUUCCGGAUUGAUGUGGACACAGGCGGAGUCACUACCCAGAUGGAGUUGGACUACGAGGACCAAGUGUCCUACACGCUGGCCAUCACUGCCCGGGACAAUGGCAUUCCACAGAAAUCAGACACCACCUACUUGGAAAUCCUGGUCAAUGAUGUCAAUGACAAUGCACCUCAAUUUCUGCGGGACGCCUACCAGGGCUCUGUCUAUGAGGAUGUCCCAGCCUUCACCAGCGUCCUGCAGGUCUCCGCCACCGACCGGGACUCGGGGCUUAAUGGGAGGGUGUUCUAUACCUUCCAGGGCGGGGAUGAUGGGGACGGGGACUUCAUAAUUGAAUCUACCUCUGGCAUUGUGCGGACAUUGCGCCGGUUGGACCGGGAGAACGUCCCUCUCUAUGACCUACGAGCCUACGCCACGGACAAGGGCAUCCCAGCCAUGAGGACCCCCGUCGACGUCCAGGUGGCCAUCUUGGAUGUGAACGACAACCCCCCAGUCUUUGAGAGGGACGAGUUUGACGUCUUUGUGGCAGAGAACAGCCCCAUUGGCCUGGCAGUGGCACGGAUCACAGCCAGCGACCCGGAUGAGGGCACCAAUGCCCAGGUCAUGUACCAGAUCGUGGAGGGCAACAUCCCCGAGGUCUUCCAGCUUGACAUCUUCUCCGGGGAGCUGACGGCACUGACAGAUCUGGAUUACGAGGCCAAGGCAGAGUAUGUCAUCGUGGUGCAGGCCACGUCAGCCCCGCUGGUGAGCCGGGCCACGGUGCACAUCCGCUUACUGGACCAGAACGACAACCCCCCUGUGCUGAGAAACUUUGAGAUCCUCUUCAACAACUACGUCACCAACAAGUCCAGCAGCUUCCCCAGCGGGGUGAUUGGCCGCAUCCCAGCCCACGACCCCGACGUCUCGGACACACUCACCUACAGCUUUGAGCAGGGCAAUGAGCUGCACCUGGUGCUGCUGAACCACAGCUCCGGGGAGCUGCGCCUGAGCCAGGCGCUGGAUAACAACAGGCCUCUGGAAGCUGUCAUGAGGGUGUCUGUCUCAGACGGCGUGCACAGUGUGGCAGCUCAGUGCACCCUGCAGGUGACCAUCGUCACGGACGAGAUGCUGACCAACAGCAUCACACUCCGCCUGGAGAACAUGUCCCCGGAGCGGUUCCUGUCACCGCUGCUGGCGCUCUUCCUGGAGGGGGUGGCGGCCGUGCUCUCAGCCCCCCGCCACCACGUGGUGCUCUUCAACAUCCAGAACGACACGGACGUGCCAGCUGCCCACAUCCUCAAUGUCAGCCUGUCGGUGCUGCUGCCGGGCGGGGCCCGCGGGGGCCGCUACAUCCCCUCCCAGGACCUGCAGGAGCGGCUCUACCUCAACCGCACGCUGCUGGCUGCCAUCUCUGAGCAGCGGGUGCUGCCCUUCGACGACAACAUCUGCCUACGGGAGCCCUGCGAGAACUACAUGCGCUGCGUCUCUGUGCUGCGCUUUGACAGCUCCGCGCCCUUCCUGGCCUCCACCACCAUCCUCUUCCGGCCCAUCCACCCUGUCAGCGGCCUGCGCUGCCGCUGCCCCGCCGGCUUCACCGGCCACUACUGCGAGAGUGAGAUCGACCUGUGCUACUCCAGCCCCUGCGGCCGCAACGGGCGCUGCCAUCGCCGGGAGGGCGGCUACACCUGCCACUGCCAGGCCGGUUUCACUGGAGAGCACUGUGAGGUGAACGCCCGCCUGGGCCGCUGCACGCCGGGCGUCUGCAAGAAUGGGGGCACCUGCACCAACCUGCUGGUUGGGGGCUUCAAGUGUGACUGCCCCUCGGGGGACUACGAGAAGCCCUACUGCGAGAUGAGCAGCCGCAGCUUCCCAGCCCGCUCCUUCAUCACCUUCCGGGGGCUGCGCCAGCGCUUCCACUUCACCGUCACCCUCACGUUCGCCACGAAGGAGCGGAACGGGCUGCUCCUGUACAAUGGGCGCUUCAACGAGAAGCACGACUUCGUGGCCCUGGAGAUCAUCCAUGAGCAGAUCCAUCUCACCUUCUCGGCAGGCGAGUCAACCACCAAGGUGUCUCCGUCUGUGCCGGGUGGCGUGAGCGACGGGCAAUGGCACACGGUCCGGCUGCAGUACUACAACCAGCCCAUCAUUGGGAAGUCAGGGGUGCCCCAGGGCCCCUCGGAUCAGAAGGUGGCCGUGGUGACGGUGGACGACUGCGACGUGGCCGUGGCCCUGAAGUUUGGCGAGGUGCUGGGAAACUAUUCCUGCUCUGCGCGGGGGAUGCAGUCAGGAACUAAGAAGUCCCUGGAUCUGACGGGACCCCUGCUCCUGGGCGGGGUCCCUGACCUGCCGGAGAGUUUCCCGGUGCGCAACCGGCAGUUCGUGGGCUGCAUCCGGAACCUGCUGAUCGAUAACCGCCAGCUGGACAUGGCCGACUUCAUCGCCAACAAUGGCACCGUGCCGGGCUGCUCUGCCAAGAAGAACGUCUGUGACACGAACACCUGCCACAAUGGGGGCACCUGCGUCAACCAGUGGGACACGUUCAGCUGCCAGUGCCCCCUGGGCUUCGGGGGCAAGGACUGCAGGCAAGAAAUGGCGAAUCCCCAGCGGUUCGUGGGCAGCAGCCUGGUGGCCUGGAGUAACCUGGCCCUGAGCAUCUCGCUGCCCUGGCACAUGGGGCUCAUGUUCCGCACCCGCCAGGCCAACGGCGUCCUCCUGCGGGCCCUGGCUGGGCAGCUCUCCACCAUCACCCUGCAGUGCUCACCAGUCUCUCUGCAGGUGCUGGAGGUCCCCAGCAGCGAGCUGCAGGGGCUGAAGCUGAGGAACCUGACCGUGGGCGGCGUGGCGGGCGCGGGGGGCCAGGUGGAGCAGGGAUUCCGUGGCUGCAUGCAGGGGGUACGCGUCGGUGAGACAGCGGCCAGUGCUGUGGCCCUGAACAUGAACCAGGCAGAGCAGGUGAACGUGGAGCGUGGCUGCAGUGUCCCUGACCCCUGUGACUCCAGCCCCUGCCCGGCCAACAGUUACUGCAAUGAUGACUGGGACAGCUUCUCCUGCAGUUGUGACCCAGGUUAUUAUGGAGACAGCUGUGCCCACGUGUGUGCCCUCAAUCCCUGUGAGCACCAGGCCACGUGCACUCACAAGCCCAGCGCCCCGCACGGCUACACCUGCGAGUGUCCCCCCACCUACUUCGGCCCCUACUGCGAAAACAAGAUCGACCAGCCAUGCCCGCGGGGGUGGUGGGGGCACCCCAUGUGCGGCCCCUGCAACUGUGACGUCAGCAAAGGCUUCGACCCCGACUGCAACAAAACAAGCGGGGAGUGUCGCUGCAGGGAGAAUCACUACCGCCCGCUGGCCAGCGACUCCUGCCUGCUGUGCGACUGCUACCCCACGGGCUCCCUGGCGCGGCUCUGUGACCCUGAGACAGGGCAGUGCCAGUGCAAGCCAGGCGUCAUCGGGCGACGCUGCGACCGCUGUGAUAACCCCUUUGCUGAGGUCACCACCAAUGGCUGCGAAGUGAACUACGACAGCUGCCCCCGUGCAAUCGAAGCCAACAUCUGGUGGCCCCGCACCCGCUUUGGGCUUCCCGCUGCGUCGCCCUGCCCCCGAGGAUCUUUCGGCACCGCCGUGCGACACUGUGACGAACACAAGGGCUGGCUGGCUCCCAACCUCUUCAACUGCACCUCGCUGCCCUUCGCCCAGCUCCGGAGCCUGGCGGAGCGGCUGCUGCGGAACGAGUCGCUUCUGGACCCAGGGCUGGUGCAGUGGGCGGCCCUGCAGCUGCACAAUGCCACCCAGCACACAACCAGCUACUUCGGCAGUGAUGUGCGGGUGGCGUACCAGCUCUGCACCCGCCUCCUGCAGCACGAGAGCCACCAACAGGGCUUUGGCCUGGCCGCCACACAGGACGUCCACUUCACCGAGAACCUGCUGCGGGUGGGCAGUGCCCUGCUGGAUCCCAGCAACAAGCGCCACUGGGAGCUGAUCCAGCAGACGGAAGGCGGGACGGCCUGGCUGCUGAAGCGCUACGAGGAUUACGCUAGCACCCUGGGCCAGAACCUGCGCCAGACCUACCUGAGCCCCUUCACCCUCGUCACACCCAAUAUCGUCAUCUCCAUAGUGCGGCUGGACAAGGGGAACUUCGCUGGCGCCAAGCUGCCCCACUACGAGGCACUGCGGGGCGAGAAGCCCACGGACCUGGAAACCACCAUCAUCCUCCCCGAAACGGUCUUCCGGGCGCCUGAGGGCAAAGACCCCCCUAUGGGCAGUGCCAAGCAGCCGCCCAGCUCUGCAGAGGAGGAGGAGCUGUCGCUGGUGACUCGGCACAAGAGGCAUCCAGACCUGAGUGAGGGCCAGGCCGUGGCGAGCGUGAUUAUCUACCGCACGCUGGCAGGGCUGCUGCCGGAGCAUUACGAUACGGACAAGCGGAGCCUGCGGGUCCCCAAACGGCCCGUCAUCAACACGCCAGUGGUGACCAUCAGCGUGCAUGCCGAGGAGCAGCGGGGGCCGCAGGCGCUGGAGAAGCCUGUUACCGUGCAGUUCCGGCUGCUGGAGACAGAGGAGCGCUCCAAGCCCAUCUGCGUCUUUUGGAACCACUCCAUGCUGCCUGGCGGGGCAGGCGGCUGGUCGGCCAGGGGCUGCGAGCUGGUCUUCAGGAACCAGAGCCAUGUCAGUUGCCAGUGCAGCCACAUGACCAGCUUUGCAGUGCUGAUGGACAUCUCCAGGAGAGAGAAUGGGGAGAUCUUGCCGCUGCAGACCAUCACCUACGCCUCCGUGGCUGUGACGCUGGGCAGCCUCCUGCUCACCUUCCUGGUGCUGGCCGGCCUGCGGGCCCUGCACACCAACCAGCACAGCAUCCGCAAGAACACUGCCGCUGCCCUCUUCCUCGCCGAACUCGUCUUCCUGCUGGGCAUCAACCAGGCCGACAUCCCCUUUGCCUGCACCGUGAUUGCCAUCCUGCUGCACUUCUUCUACAUGUGCAGCUUUGCCUGGCUCCUGCUGGAGGCACUGCACCUCUACCGCAUGCUGAGCGAGGUGCGGGACAUCAACCACAGCCCCAUGCGCUUCUACUACAUGGUGGGCUGGGGUGUGCCAGCCUUCAUCACAGGGCUGGCUGUGGGGCUGGACCCCGAGGGCUACGGGAACCCCGAUUUCUGUUGGCUCUCCAUCUAUGACACACUGGUCUGGAGCUUCGCUGGGCCCAUCGCCUUCGCCGUCUCAACGAGCGUCUUCCUCCAUGUCCUGGCCACCAAAGUCACCUGCCUGGCCCAGGAGCGGGGCUUCGAGAAGAGGGGCCCAGUGUCGGGGCUGCGGGCGGCAUUCCUGGUGCUGCUGCUGGUUAGCGUGACAUGGCUCCUGGCCCUGCUCUCCGUCAACAGCGACUCCAUCCUCUUCCACUACCUCUUUGCCGGCUUCAACUGCCUCCAGGGUCCCUUCAUCUUCCUCGCCUGCACCGUCUUCAGCAAGGACGUGAGGAAGGCUCUGAAAUUCAGCUGCAGCAAGAAGCACAGCACAGACCCCGAGCUCACCACCAAAUCCACCCUGACUGCGGCCUACAACUGCAACAACACAUAUGUGGCCGGCCGGCUGUACCACAUGCCCUUCGGCGCCUCCACGGGCUCCCUGUACAGCACCGUGCACUCCGGCAAGAGCCAGCACAGCUACAUCCCCUUUGUGCUCAGGGAGGAGUCCGGGCUGAAGAGCUGCCAGGUGCCCAGUGGGCAGACGGACACUGGUACCCACUUCCUGGAGGCCACGGACCAGCCGAAUGAGCACGACACGGACUCGGACAGCGACCUGUCCCUGGAGGACGACCAGAGCGGCUCCUACGCCUCCACCCACUCCUCAGACAGUGAGGAUGAGGCGUUCCCGGGGGAGCCCAGCUGGGAGAACCUGCUGGGCCCCCCUAGUGAGAAACUGCCACCACACAGUGCCCCCAAAGCGGAUAAUUUGCUUGCCCACGGCAAGCCCUACUGGCCGGGGGAGUUUGUGACCACGGCCAGCGAGAGUGACGGGCACACUGGCCCCGAGACGCUGCGGGUGGAGCCGGUCGUGGGGCAGGUGUGGCUGGGACCCCCGGAAGAGGCACCCAGGGAAAACGGGGAGGCCCUGGACAAGAACGUGCUGGUUCCACUACCCAACCCCACUGUCCAGCCCCAAAAAGGGAUCCUGAAGAAGAAGUGCCUCCCUACCAUCAGCGAGAACAGCCUCCGCCCUGUACCCAGCGAGCUCUCGGCCCCCCUGCCGGGCACAGUGGCAUUGCGUGGCUCUUCGACGGGCAGCGAGGGCAGCCGGGGGGGCAGGGUUCUUCCGCGCCCCCGCCAGACGCUGCAGGAGCAGCUCAACGGGGUGAUGCCCAUCGCCAUGAGCAUUAAGGCUGGCACGGUGGAUGAGGACUCCUCCGGCUCCGAAUUUCUGUUCUUUAAUUUCCUCCAUUAACAUGCGCGCCAUGUGGCUCUGCCGCCCGCCUGGCCAGCCUGCCGGGGGCCCGGCCCAGCUGCUCAUGACCAUACGUCUGUGUGUUUGUUUCCCCCUCCCCUUGGUCUGUGUCUGAUCACUGAGCAGGAGCGACGAGACCUCCAUCUGAGCGGGCCCCUGGGGCCCAGCCGACAGGGCCCCUCUGCCCCGGGGGCCAGCCACCAGCCAAUGGGGCCCCCGCUGUCCCAGCCCGGGGACCAGCUGCCAGCUGAGGGGGCCCCUCCGUCCUGGGGACUAACCGCCAGCUGCCAGGGUACCUCUGCUCUG